AGAUGCUGCCAAUCGGAUGCCAACUUGAGCGUCGUUGCUUAAAGGAAAUAUGCAGGCUGUGUGGCCGCACGCAAAAACGUUAAGGCUACUUUAGACACUUGGUAGGAGUUGUUAGGUAACAACACAGUUGUUGGGUCGAAUGGGCCCUCACAACCACUGUUUGUUGUUGUGGUGGCCAGUAGGUGUGCGUUCUGUUUACCGUUGCUCGUAUCGAGUGGGUAUUGGCAACUCCUGUAAAGUAACGUGGCAAAUGUGGAAGUAGUUUUCGCAGAAAAGUCCUGCCCAACCAGUAGCCUACGUCUGGAUUCAAAUCAUACUGUAUCAUGCUGGAUCUUUACCUUCAUGGUGAUAACAUAAAUAAGGGUCCAGCAGGAAGUAAGACCAACUGCCUUCAUCUCGCACUCAACCUUUCUUGUGGUCAACUGCUAGCAUCCACUUUUGAAAACCGAGUAGUGAGGUUCAUGUUUGGGAUUGAGUAUUUAAUUGAAGUUCUGAAGUUUUUAAGCGUCAGUGUAGAAUAGUUCCACGUUCAUAUCUCUUAUCUCCUCGCUGACCCGAUACGACUUGGACAUGAGGAAAAGCGUCUCGUCAAAGGAGGUGAGCCUCAUGGAGGCCUCCGGUCAAGAGGUCUCCGGUCCCGGGCAGGCCCCUGGUCCAGAAGCCUUCCGUCCCGGUCAGGCCUCCGGUCCCGGUCAGGCCUCCGGUCCAGGGCAGGCCUCCGGUCCCGGUCAGGCCUCCGGUCCAGAGGUCUCAGGUCCCGGUCAGCCCUCCGGUCCAGAGGUCUCAGGUCCCGGUCAGCCCUCUGGUCCAGGGCAGGCCUCCGGGCCCGAGCCCGAGCCCGAGCCCGCUCGCCACCAGGCCCCCCCCCUCCACCGGGCCGUGAAGAGGGUCUCCUCGGGGCCCCUGCAGCUGCCCAGGCUCUGCUACAGGGCGUCCUGUAGAGAGGGAAGAACCUGGGCCUUCAGGGCCUCUCAGAGCGUUGGGAACCUCCUAAACUACAGCUCCAGAGCCUUCCUCAACCUCCUUUGGUGCGUGGCAGUUCGUAUUGCCGAGUCAGUGGUAACAGGACAGAUCUUGCUGUGGGCCGUACGUUGCUGGACACACCACUUGUGAUGUGGGUGAUGAUAAUACGUUUUUGCUGAGCGGGGUCAAACCAGGUGAGGGUAAACAAGCACCGCAGUACUUAGCAAUUAUCUCCUUCAUUUACCAGAACUCUUGAACAAAAGUUUCCAUGACAAUGGCAACUGUGUGUGUCUCUGUUGUGAACACAGUCUAGUGUGUGUGUGUGUGUGUGUACGUGUGUGUGUGUGUGU